UAUAUAUUUCAGGCUGAAGUCGACAAUAUGGAGAAAAAGAUUUCCGAGGAACGUGAUCGGCAUAACGCGAUGAUUAGCAAGAUGGACGCGGCGAUGCGACUCAACGCCGAUCUUAAGAAAGAAUAUGAAACUCAGUUGUCUCUGUUUCAAAGUCUCCGUGAGAAAUACGGCGAAAAAAUUACUCUGUUAUCCGCGGAGAAGCAAGCCCUCGAAACGGCCGCCUCUGCACCUAAAUGAAGACAGUUUUCGCAUGUUUUCAACGUCAUUAAUGGAUAUCGGAAUUGGAAUUUUUUUGUAUCUGCCCAUUAAUAUAUUUUAAUAAAAUCAAUUUUUUUGCUACGCAUGGAUUUUUCCAUGUUUAACGUAUGACAGAUGCAUUCUUGGAAAUAUUGCAUCAUGUAUGUAUAUAAGAAAGCAAAUAAACAUUUCACAAUCAUCA